AUGUCAACAGAUGUAUUAAGCGUGAGGAAGAGACAGGAGGGUCUGCAAUUUGUCAAUGGCCUUGAAUCAGACUCCGAUAGUGAUGUAGAAAUGUCGAAUGAUGAGAAAACGGAAUCUACGAGGGAAGCCCAGGACGGCACCAUCGUUACACCAGGAGAGCUAGUUACGGAUGAUCCAGUAUGGAUGCGUGGUCAUGGUACUUAUUUCUUAGAGAAUCAAACUUAUGCUUCCGUGGCAGGAACGGUCUCUAGGGUUAAUAGAUUGUUAUCUGUUAUUCCACUACGAGGACGUUACGCUCCUGAAACGGGUGAUCAUGUCAUAGGGCGAAUCGCGGAAGUUGGAAACAGACGGUGGAAAGUCGAUAUUGGUGCGAAACAACAUGCAGUUUUGAUGCUUGGGUCCGUCAAUCUACCAGGUGGUGUCUUACGAAGAAAAUCGGAAUCGGACGAAUUGCAAAUGCGCAGUUUCUUAAAAGAAGGAGAUCUUUUGAACGCCGAAGUUCAAUCUCUUUUCCAAGACGGUAGUGCUUCUCUACACACGAGGUCGCUGAAAUACGGUAAGCUCAGAAACGGUGUGUUUCUGCAGGUUCCCAGUCCUUUAGUAGUUCGCUCAAAAAACCACACACACAACUUGCCCGGUAAUGUUACUAUCAUUUUAGGUGUAAAUGGGUUUAUCUGGCUGCGGAAAACAUCAGAGGUUGAUACCGCAAACAACACAUCGACCGUCAUGGGUAAAAACGCCGCCGCACUCUCGGGCUCCAAGGGUGAUUAUAAGCCAGGAACUAAUUCGGUGAGUAUAACAAGGCUUGAAGAAGAGUCAUCUUGGGAAAUCUAUUCAGACAAAAACGAUCAUAUCUCAGAUAGCAUGAAGAAAACCAUCACCCGAUAUUCAAAUGUUAUCAAAGCCCUUGCACACUGUGAAAUCGGCAUCACAGAGGCUCGGGUCGUAGCUGCAUAUGAAGCUAGCAUGGCAUAUAGUCAUGCUGGCUCGCUCAUAGACAAGGACAAUAUGGAGGCUAUAGGACAGGACGUUAUCAAUGCCGAGAAAAUGAGAGGUAAUGCCUGA